UUGGCUUGCAUCGGCUUUGGGGAAGCGGCUUUGGCGAUGUGUUAUUUUUACAAGGGACGAAGAACGUAGAAAGCAAUAUGCAGAUUUUCGUCAAGACUUUGACUGGCAAGACCAUCACGCUCGACGUCGAGCCGUCCGACUCGAUUGACAACGUCAAGCAGAAGAUCCAGGACAAGGAAGGUAUCCCGCCGGAUCAGCAGCGCCUCAUCUUCGCCGGCAAGCAGCUCGAAGAUGGCCGCACGUUGAGCGACUACAACAUCCAGAAGGAGUCGACGCUCCACCUCGUCCUUCGCCUGCGUGGUGGUGGUAAGGUGCACGGUUCGCUGUCGCGUGCCGGUAAGGUCAAGAACCAGACCCCCAAGGUCGCCAAGGCCGAGGACAAGAAGAAGCAGCGUGCGGGCCGCGCCAAGAAGCGCAUCCAGUACAACCGCCGCUUCGUCAACGUUGUCGCCAACGCCGGCGGCAAGAAGGUCGGCCCCAACUCGAACGCCCCGAAGAACUAAGUUAUGCGACAUACACUCGUCCUUUGGCACGCGCUCGAGCGGCGCGCGUUUGCUUUCUAGCCACCCAAUCCUUGUAAUACACCAUGAUUCGGUCGCGAUGCGGCCGGCAUGAACUCGGCCUCCGUGUUCCGUCUCUAUGUGUCUGUGA